UGUUCCAUAUAGAUCAUCGAAACUUCAUUUCUCUCUCCAAAAAUUUCAUCCGUGUCUCUAAUUUCAAAUGUUUAUCGUUUUGGGAAUACAACAUGAGAAGACCAUAAUCUGGUUCUGUCUUCUUCUUCUUCCCGUUCUUCUCUUGAAGAAGUACGGACAUGAUGCAAGAAGAGAACCACAAAAGAAGGAGAAACAAAUUUUGAGAUUAAUCGACAUUGUGAAGAAUUUGGAUAAUUUGAGGGUCGAUUCCUCUUAUGGGAAAUUGCUUCAUAGCUCGUUCCAAGGUUAAUAAUUUACCCAACUCUAACCCCAUUUCCACAGGUGUUAUAAAACCUUCUGGUAGUAGCAUCCAUUCAUUGGCUUAUUUGAGUACAAAAGUGCAUGGAUACCAUGAUGAGGGUAAACAUAAGACUCUCCCUACUCCUAAGUCUGAAGGUGACAUACUUUCCUCCCCAUAUUUAAAAGCCUUCACAUAUAAUGAUCUAAAGAAUGCUACAAGAAACUUUCGUCCUGCUAGUCUGAUAGGAGAAGGGGGAUUUGGUCACGUCUACAAGGGGUGGGUUGAUGAACAAUCCCUUGGGGCUUCAAGUCCUGGAUGUGGAAUGAUUGUAGCUGUGAAGAAGCUUAAACCUGAAGGUUUUCAAGGCCACAAGGAGUGGCUGUCCGAAGUCAAUUAUCUUGGAAAACUUCGUCAUCCAAAUCUUGUGAAGCUCUUUGGAUACUGCUUGGAUGGGGAUAAACGACUUCUUGUGUAUGAGUACAUGCCCAAAGGCAGCUUGGAGAAUCAUCUAUUUUGCAGGGGUGGCCGGCCACUUCCUUGGGCCACAAGGAUGAAAGUUGCCAUUGGUGCUGCUCAAGGCCUUGUCUUCUUGCAUGAUUCUGAGCAACCAGUUAUCUACCGAGAUUUCAAGGCUUCUAAUGUUUUAGUAGAUUUGGAAUUUAAUGCAAAACUGUCAGACUUUGGUUUCGCUAAAGCAGGGCCGACUGGUGAUCACACACAUGUUUCUACUCGAGUUCUAGGUACUGAAGGCUAUGCAGCUCCUGAAUAUAUUGCAACAGGUCACCUGACGGCAAAGUGUGAUGUCUUCAGCUUUGGGGUUGUGCUAUUGGAACUACUUUCCGGGCGCCGUGCUGUCGAUAAAACAAAGCCUCGAGUGGAGCAAAAUCUGGUGGACUGGGCAAGGCCCUAUUUGGGUGACAAGAGGAAGUUGUUCCGGAUCAUGGACACAAAGUUGGAAGGGCAGUACCCUCAGAGAGCAGCAUAUGGAGCUGCAAUUCUUGCAUUACAAUGUAUUAGUGAGGCCAAAACUAGACCACAAAUGUCUGAGGUUUUGGCUACAUUGGAACAGCUUCCAGCUAUGAGACAUCCCGUUUCAGCCAGCCCUCGUCGGAAGUCCAUGUCAAGCCCCAAUGCAAAAUCCUCUUUGGUACAUAAUCAUCAUCAUGAUCAUCAUUCAGUAGAAAGGAAGUCUGUUUCUGGUUACUUCAGUGAAAUCCCGGGUAGAUCUUCUAUGACAUCCCCAGCAAAGUCAUCAUUUAUGCAAUCCCCCAGAAGUGUAGACCACCUUAUUGUUCUUGAUUCUGUUAGUUGAUAGCACUGUGAAGGGAGUUUUGUGAACAUUUACCUAUAUGUAUGUACAAAUAUUGGAUGCCCUGAGUGUCAAAAUACCCAAAGAUGAUGGAAGCAAUGUGACAGCAAGGUGCAUCUAUUUAUUAUCUAUUA